AUGCGCUCGAUAUUCAUGACAAGUUCGAGGUCAUUACCAGAGAUGCACUCCCUUCUGGAUGACGACGUCUCGUCGAAAGAGAGAUCGUAUACAUCAGAAUAUACUUGUUCGCUAUUCUCUGAAAGGCUGUCAUCGAACCAGACAUGCGACGACCUGCCUGGCCCGGGUCGAAUUAUAGACAAAUACAUCUAUCAGCCUGGAGGGCGGUUUCUCGAACGAAAGCUAAAUCCCCUCCUUUACGGCCGCGAUCGAUUACGCGAGCUGUACCAAGCUGAAACCUCCAUCGAUAACUUCUUCAAAUCUGUAGCUUUGCAAUCUAGCGGUUACUUUCUUGUCAAACACGGGUAUUGGGAUAUCGACGGAUUCAAAGUGAUCAAGCUCAGCUUGUCAGGGCUGCUUUAUUUCUGGGGAGGACAGAACAUCAAAAGCUGGGACAAUUCGAUCGUUAGGGAUCAGUGCCGGGUUAUUGCGGCAUCCAUACGCUCACAACGUCGCAACGUCAAACUCGAAGCUAUCCGAAUCGCUGCCAUUCUUUUGAAUAAGUACCCGAGACUGUGGAGAUACUUCAAUGUAUCUUCCAUUCGUCGAGAACUUCUGGCUGAAAAAGUUACACUUUCCGGAGGACCCUAUUCGGAGUUCGACAAGACGAGUGGCUUUUACUCCUUGCUACACAACCUAUCUUUGGAGCUACCACAAGACAGACUCUCGCGGACAGACUCUCUAUCGACACGAGUUUCUCUACUCUCCUUUAUCGCUGAUGUCCUGGAAGAUUAUUCAUCAGAGAUAGAGUCGCACGUCGAAUUACAGUGCUUCAUCCGACAACUCUUGUACAUACACGGUGUUCACAUACUCUUCGACCUGAAGUCGAAUAGCGAGUUUUCCGAAGUCGUUUUCUGGGAGAAGUACAUUCGCCUUCUGGACAAAAAACCUGAGUCGUGGAGUCAGGAUGAUAUAGACGUCAAAUUGACCUUGUUUACUUGCCUGCACAUGUGCUUGAAAGGGAAUGUGGAAACCAUGCCUCCAUCACUUUAUAUUAAUGAGGAAAUUACGACAAAGAUGGCGAUGUCUCCAGGUCGCUCAUCCGGAAGGCGGUCUUCACGAUCAGAGAGAAACCGAGUCGAAAUAUGCGAAGAGUUUGCUCGCUUGCAUUUUGACGUGUUCCUGAAGCGGUCUUCUUUAUCAAACAGUGGUAAGGAGAAUCGAGACGAGACUUGGACGAGUUUCGAAGAAGAAUCUACAACACUGAAGUCUAGAGUCAAGCAACGGCUUUCUCUGAGCGACCGUCAAAUCGAGUAUAUCUGGUAUCGAUCCGUGGAGGCUUUCCCAAGAGCUUGA